UAAAUACCACCAAUGCAAACAAUCGGACUACUUUCUUCAAAGAAUGUUUAAAGUUUGUGCACGGUGUCAAUUAAAAUCGUUUUGUGACUACAUUUUGUUUAAAUAAAGUUGAUUAAGCACAAGAUAUAAUGGCUUCUCCCUUAAAGCAAAAGCGAAAACAAUGGAGUGAGAAAGAUAUGGAAAACGCCAUUGGAUCAGUAAGAAACCAAAAUAUGGGUUAUUUGGCGCAGCAAGAGCAUAUAAAGUUCCACGCUCAACACUUUUUCGCCUCUGUAAUACUGAAGGGCCUCCAGCAACUGUUAGUAAAACGAAGUUGGGUAAAAGACUAAUUUUGUCAGCAGAGUUAGAAGAGGAACUAAUAC